AUGCCUCUUAUUAACACUACCGAAGUCAACGAGGACACUCGGGUCCUUGGAUACGAUCCAUUGCUGUCGCCCUACUUCUUGCAGAAUGAGAUUCCUGCGCCUGCCCGUGCCAUUGAGACAGUCCGUGCCGGCCGGAAUCAAGCAGUCGAGAUUAUCGAGCAGCGCGAUGACCGCCUGCUAGUCGUUGUCGGACCAUGCUCCAUUCACGACCCCGAUACCGCCCUCGAGUACGCCCGCCGCCUCAAGGAGCUUUCCACAAAACUGGAGAAGGACCUCUGCGUAAUCAUGCGCGCCUACCUCGAGAAGCCCCGUACAACAGUCGGCUGGAAGGGUCUGAUCAACGACCCCGAUAUCGACGAGACCUACAACAUCAACAAGGGUCUCCGCGUGUCCCGUAAGCUGUACACCGACCUGACCAGCACCGGACUCCCCAUCGCCUCCGAGAUGCUCGACACUAUCUCCCCACAGUACCUUGCAGACCUGAUCUCACUGGGCGCGAUCGGCGCCCGCACCACCGAGUCCCAGCUUCACCGCGAGCUCGCCUCGGGUCUAUCCUUCCCCAUUGGUUACAAGAACGGCACCGACGGCAACCUGACCGUCGCCGUUGACGCCAUCGGCGCCGCCUCGCACCCUCACCGCUUCCUCGGUGUCACCAAGCAGGGCCUUGCUGCCAUCACUAAGACUGCCGGUAACGAGCACGGUUUCGUCAUCCUGCGCGGUGGCAACAGAGGCACAAACUAUGACCGCGAGAGCAUCCGCACUGCUCGCGAGGCUCUCCGCUCCAAGAAGCAGCGUGAGGUCCUCAUGGUCGACUGCUCGCACGGCAACUCCAACAAGAACCACCUGAACCAGCCCCUCGUUGCCAAGGAGGUCUCUGACCAGCUCCGUGAGGGUCAGACUGCCAUCAUCGGUGUUAUGAUCGAGUCCAACAUCUACGAGGGUAACCAGAAGGUUCCCCCGAGGGACCCGAGGCUCUUCUCCGCGGUGUCAGCAUCACUGAUGCUUGCAUCAACUGGGAGAUGA